GGUUUUCUUUUGUUGGCGCAAUGCUCACACUAAUUUAACAUCAUUUUAGGGCAUUUUCGUUGUGCGUUUUCGACCGUUAAAUGAAGCAAGUCCGAAAUCCACUGAAGCGGAACGGUUGGCAUACAAAAAAAAAGAGGCGGUGUGAUUUACUGAGAAACACAGGAAACACCCAUUGAAUCUUUGGAAGGAAUUAUCGAGUCAUAAAAUACCGUAUUAACAUUAUCUUUCAACCCGCGGUUGGUCAAAUCAUAGAUUUUGUUGACAUAUAAUCAUACCACUCAUCCCGCUCCAGGGAAUUUUAUAAAAACAAGUCAACAAAGAUGCUGAUUAAAGUGAAGACGCUCACUGGCAAGGAGAUAGAGAUUGACAUAGAGCCCACUGAUAAGGUGGAGCGGAUUAAAGAAAGGGUGGAGGAGAAAGAGGGGAUUCCUCCGCAACAGCAGAGGCUGAUCUACAGUGGAAAACAGAUGAACGAUGAGAAAACCGCGGCAGACUAUAAAAUCCAGGGAGGCUCUGUUCUCCACCUGGUACUUGCUCUGCGAGGAGGGCAGGUGCCCUGCUCUCCAAGAAGCCUCUACUCCAAGCCUGCAUUGUAGCCAUCACUACAAAACAUGCCUUAGCUUUUGCAAUGCCUACAAAAAGAGGAUACACUAAAAACACACAGCCACCGGUUGUGGAGUCAACCGGUGGCACCGUAGGCAACACAGAACCAUUGGUUAGAGAUCAGGUUCUGCUUGUGGCAGCCUCUUCCCAUCAGCCAAAAAUGCGUUGACUGCAAACAUUUCCCCACUGUUAGGGCGAGACACUCCACAUGUCAAAGCUAGGCUGGGGGAAAAGGCAAGUUACUUUCAAAAUUAAAACAAGCUUUGGCUAUAGAUUCAUGACCCAGAGCUAAUUUGGCUGCUAUGGAAAACUUACAUGACUUUUUGCUUUUUGCGGUUAUUUUUUUCAGCUCUGAAUCAGGCAAGGCUGAGUUUCCCAAAGCAUCUAAGCAGAGAUGUUAUCUUUGUUCCACUUACCCACAAUGAAGUAGAGAUAACGGUAGCGUACAGAUGCUUUAGGGAAAGCCAUUUUUGGAUUACAAUCUUUGCCUUCAGAGCGUGACACAAAGUAAGAUUUACUGGUUCUACUUCCUACAUGUUUUAUUCUGUUCUCGACAUAAUGCCCCCACUCAUAUAGUUUAAUUAUCUGAAGCUACUGUAUCAAUGUAUCAAAAGACAUUUUCUCUUGCGAAGCGCCCAUGGAGCUCAGUUAGACUUAUGAAGAAUGGGCAUAUUUAAAAGAAUAGUUUGAUGUUUUGGAAAACACAAUUAUUUGAUGUCCAAUGGAAAAAAGCCUUUCAGCACCUUUGAAGGUUACCGAUUAACACAUCAUAUCUUGUUCGAUUAAUCCAUACAAAAAACAAACUUUAAAACAACUGUUCGAUGCCUUAGGGAGGAUUAUGUGCCGGACUGGUUCUUGGUCCUGGACAGUUGCCAGGCAACCAACGGUCCGGUGCUGUCCCUCUACGAAGUGAUGAAUUAUCAUUUUAUUAUUUUAUUAUUGUUGUUAUUGUUUUUUUUUAAUGAUUAAACAAGUGGGAUAUAACGUGUUAAUUAGUGAGCUUUAAAGGUGCUGACAGUUGAAUUUUGUUACCAUUGGAGCCAGAGUAGCUGUUUCCAGGCUUUGGGCUAACAAACGGCACGAGUGCUAAGCUAACUGGCUGCUGGCUGCAGCCUUAAUGGACAAAGUUGAGAUCGGUAUCGAUCUUCUGAUUUAACAUUAACUCUGCACCAGAAAAGUCAAUAGGCAUAUUUGCCAAGAUGUUGAACUAUUCCUAUAAGGGAAAACAACUAAAGGACAUGUUUUGUGUGCUUUGUGUGUCAGGAAAACCUCCUGCCACUUACUCUAAAUCAUGUACCACAUAAUGUGCUUUACUCCUGCUUCAUAGACUGUGCAUGUCCAUUCAGUAGGAUAAUGUUUUUAUAAAAUUUCACGUGAAUUUAAUUUGUUAAGAGUGAUUUGUUUUUGUGUUGAUUGCAUAGGUUACUACUGAAAGUAGACAAGGAGCGUACUAACUCUGGUCCUGACUGACAAUGGCUUCAGUUUACAUGGAUAUUGUUAGGUUUGUUUGUAUCUCCAGAGAAGCAAUGUCAACUUUUGGGAUUGCUGUGAAAGCACCCAUAUGUAAUCAACACCCCCCCCCCCC